CGAACUUCCUGUAAACCUGAAACAUUGGCAGGCGGCCAAUCACAGACCUCUAAUCAGCCCCAGAUUAAACAAGCCACACACCCACGAGCCACAAGGCUGACGUUGCUGGGUGAGAACUGUUUACCUUCCGUGUUGGGAGGGGAAUCGACAACUUACAUGCUCGACCACAAGAUAUCCAUCAGAACUCCACGAAACAGACCAGAUCACUUUCAAGCGACAUUUUUCAAGCUUUCCUAUAGAUCUGGGACACUCCAUAGUUUACCGCUAGACACCCUAUUCGAAACUCGGAAUGACUACGCCAGCGAGCUACAAACCAUCCCCGCUAGGAUAUGGCUCCCCUCGAAGUUCACCGUUCCGGAGAGCAGAAUCGCCAGCCUCACCAUCUCCCUUGAGACAGACCACACCAUCAGCAUCUCCCUUGAAAGCAGGGCAAGUGAACAUUGGCUCUAGACUCGCUGAUAGUUCCACCACUACGCCGACGAUGGAGACACGGAUUCCUAGGGGCAAUCAAUCGACGCCAGGUGCACACUCUUCCGCGCAGCGGAAUUCUGCACCAGCGACAGCACACAAGGCAAUGGGUAGCGGGAAUGCUCUAUCCCAAUUGCAGCCAUCACAGGUCCGAACAUUACGAGAGGGGUUCCAAAUUCUGGACAGAGAUAGCGACGGCGUUGUAAAUAGGGAUGACGUUGCCGACAUGCUUACCCAGCUUGGACUACCCUCGAGCCAGUCAGACGUGUCAAAGUUCUUUCCACCUUCAGCUCCCCAAACGACGACACUUGCAGCCUUUCUUAAUUCGGUGUCGACAUCGCUGGCUGCUCUUUCGCCGAGUGUAGAGCUACUCUCGGCAUUUUCAGCCUUUGAUGAUGACGAUAGCGGCCAGGUGGACCUCGCUGAGCUUCGGGAUGCGCUGCUGAACACUGCCCCUGAACCUGGAGAGAGAGCCUUGUCAGCUGCAGAGGUGGACAAAGUAAUGGACGGUUUCACGGGCCGUAGAGCUUUCAGCAAAAGCAAGACGGCGAUGCUUGGGAAGCGAGGGGAGGUUUUCAGGUACCAAGAGUUUGUGAACUCCAUUGCUGGGAAAAACGGAGGGCCUGAGCAGGGAUCGCCAGAGGACUCGGAAGAGCCAUGAAUAGGGGGGACCAAGGAGAGCUUGAUGUGUCGAAUACGAUCUGCACGUGGUAUGGGCGAAAUGGAGUUCACACAGGUAGCUCAGGAUGGGACCGAGCUUGGCGGCGGUUGGGCAAACUUAUCUUACCUAUUAUUGAGAUGGAACCGCAGCCUUGACUGGUCUUUGAAGUUUUGGGUUUGCGAGUUUCUCUGUUAACCCUUUAGAAUGCCAUCAAAUCUACAUACAAAUAAGCAACCUUG